GUCAAAUAAUAAAUAUAUACUGAACUCUGUCUCUCUAGUUAUCUCCGCACCUGUCUCUCCAUCACAGAGAUACCCAGAAAGCAAAAAAAGAAAAGAAAGAAAGAACUCAGAUUGAUUAGUACAAUGGCGAAGGGCUACAUAAGAAUGAAAACUGAUCAAGAUCUAUUUAGCUCUGACGUGAAAGAUCUUGCAAACUCUGUUAUAAAGCUAGCCACCCAUGUCAUCAAGCUUGGAAGCUUAGGCUUUGGCUCCACUUUUCUUGAAUGGCUCGCUGCUUUUGCUGCCAUUUAUUUGUUGAUCUUGGAUCGAACAAACUGGAAGACAAACAUUCUUACAUCUCUGUUGAUCCCAUACAUCUUCUUGAGUCUUCCUUCACUACUGUUCAGCAUACUCAGGGGAGAGAUUGGGAAAUGGAUUGCUUUCGUUGCUGUUGUGUUGCGCCUUUUCUUCCCAAAACAUUUCCCAGAUUGGCUGGAACUUCCAGGUGCUUUCAUUCUUCUGACGGUGGUAGCCCCUAGUUUACUUGCAGACACCGUAAGGGACAGCUGGGUUGGUGUGUUAAUAUGUCUCGCCAUUGCGGGUUAUUUGCUUCAAGAACACAUCCGGGCAUCUGGUGGGUUCAGAAAUUCUUUCACAAAAGCCAAUGGUCUAUCAAACACAAUUGGAAUAGUCCUUCUGUUUAUCUAUCCCGUCUGGGCACUGGUACUUGAUGUGCUAUAGGUGCACCCUUAGCAGCAUAUGAUUGUUUUGAUGCUUGCAAUUUUAAGAAUCUUUAUCUUCGUGCCAUUAUUUUAUUAAGACCUACAAAAUCAUUGCCAGUGUUCUGUUACAUCUGUAUAAUUGUGAAAGGAAAACUUGUCUUUCAUGCUGUUGAAUUUGUGAAAGAAUUGGCACAAUCUUUCUGUUUUUCUGCCCUGUCUGGACUUUCUACUUGACUUCCCAUUGGUGCGGUCAUGGUAGCAUGUGAAUUGCUUUUGAAGCUUGCAAAUUUUUAUCAACUGUCUUGUUUGUGUU